AGCAUUUUUAAAAUUAAAGAGAUUGUUACGUUCUGAUUUUUUAGUAAGAAAGAGAGAAAGUGCAUCAAUUAGAUAGUUGAGACCAGGAAUAGGGUAAAUUUUCUUUAUUUCUGUAAAUGGUGAGUUGUAGGAGACAUGAGUAUAACCGUCGCAGUCUAUAAGAAAAUAUUAUGAAAUUGAUUUUAAUAAUUAAUUUGUAAGCAACCAUUCAUGAUCUUCACCACUGUCAAUCACUUGGUUGUUUUUCAGGGCUUCUCCUCCUUGGCCUCUUGGCUCUGUUGUUAUUACUCUGCUUGUUAUGCCUGCUGUGUGCAUGGUGUUGUAGAAAGAGAAGAAGGCGACAGAGAGAGAAAAAAGCAGCAAUGGAGUACAUAAAACACAACUCUCUGGCAAGAGAAAGUGCUUACAGUUUGAACGGUGGCUAUGGGGACAGCCGUCGUAUCUCAGAGGAAAUCCACCUAAAGGACAUGCCUCGCGUGUUAGACUUGAAUGGACAAGAAGUCCACAGCAUCCACAGCAGCCUUAUAGAUGCCAGCUCAGACAGUGGCUAUCAUAAUGGAGUGAGAGAAAGCCGGAGGAUGUCUGAGGUCAGCCAGCUCAGUGCUGGAGGAGGCGGCAGUACUGGGUUUACUAAUGGCGGCUUCACUGCCAUCAGCGGCUAUCCCCAUGGGCGUAGAAUGUCUGAUGCGGGACAUUUAGAGGGCAGGCGCUACUCCCACCUUCAAGUGCCCACUCAUCUGUAUGGAGCAAGAAGCCAUGAGGAUCUGCUGGGGCAUAUUGAAACCUCCUCAAUGUCUGGGCACGCACAGAGGGCUUCAGGUGCGCGUCGUCAAUCUGCUCUCAACGCUGCCCGCAGGAUGUCCACCUUGGAGAUGAAGCGUAAACAUGAGCUGAUGGGAGACGAGAAUGCCAGAAGUGGAAGUAUGAGCCUCGACAGACGCAUUUCAUUGGUCAGCACUAACUCUGCAGCGCCCUUGUUGUCAGCCAUCAACCACACAGCCAGAGCGUUUGGCGAAAUUACCGUGAUGCCAAUUGGGGACCAGCAUGCCCAUUCCCCCCAUGCUGAGGUGGUCCUGGAGGAAAGCGUAGCAUACAAUUCUUCCAGUCAGGGCUUGAUGCUGGACGCUGCAGAGAGCCAGUACAGUGCUGAGAGCUACGAGGCCCAGCAGCAGGGUUACGACAACCACCAUGCCUAUCUGGUCGGCCAGGGCGACCCGUACGGAAGUCAGCACUUCUCUGGUGCAGACAGUUAUGGAAUGUAUGGAAGUUAUAAACAAUCUUAAGUCAGUUAGUUGGCAGAUGUACAUUUUUUACAUAUUAAGAACUCUAAAAUCUCAUCUCAUAAGCUGCUUUUUGUUAUGUAAUCUUAUUAUGGAUACAUAUUUAAUUAAUAUUAUUUUAUUCCCUUUGAGUAGUUAAAAUUUCUGUGUAUUUAGAACAAAUUUUGAUGCAUAAUUGUUAUGGUGUUUUUUGUCUUCUUGGAAGCAUAUAAAAAUGGACUGAUGUUUAGAAUUUCACCAUCACAACACAAUAUUUAUUUAAUUGAUUGGAAAAAAAAAUUAUUCCCAAUUCCAAAAUUAGUUAUAGAUGUAGCAUUGGUUGAAGUUUGGGUGAAAAUUAGGUUAUUGAUCUUCUCCAUUUCAUAAUAUUCUCCCUUCUCCCUUCUCAUUUGUUUUUUAUUUAUUCAUAUCCAGAAAAAAAAGCAAUCACACUAAUGUAUCUUUAGCUAGGUUGGUAAAAAAAUCAAAAAAUCAAUAUUAGUAAUAGUCUAUGGCAUAGCCCUAUUUCUAGAAAAUAGACCAUCAUUCUUAGUAAAUUGCAGCAAUAUGAAAUAAUUGACUUAUUAUUAGCCUUCAACCAAGUGAUUUUAUCACUGCCAAAAAUAUGCUUUAGCAUCAAGAUUGGGACUCGGUUAGCUAUGUAUAUGAUGGAAUAUUAUAAUUGUAAGCCUAAAUUUUAUAGCAGAAGUAAUAAGGAAUCAUUACCAUGAUAUUUAUCAUUUGAUCAGUCUUUGUAUUUCCAUUUUUGUGAAAGAAACUAAUCACUUUAGUGAAAAUUAAAAGUAUUUAUAUAUUACUAUAUGA